GCGGCGGUCACGUGCGGGGCGGGGCGGGCAGGGCCGGGAAAUGCUGCGGCCGCUGGAGAAGCUCCCGCCGGGACGGGCCCUCGAGUUCCUUCAUAAGAUAAUUGAUGGGAUAUGUGGACGUGCGUAUCCUCGAUACCAGGAUUAUGGCAGUAUUUGGAGCUUGUCGGAGUGGAUGGAGGUUUUAGAAGAAGCAAGGACGUAUUUCAAAACUGCAGUUGGCAAAAACAUACCUGAUGAAGAGCUUGCUUUAUCCAGUGAUAAGAUCUCCAUGCUGCAAAUGCCACUUCUCAAUCUUGAUUUGGAUGUGAGAGAAAAUGGUGAAAUUAAACCAAUUUCUAUAGAAAUGAAUAAGGAAGAGUUGCAGAACCUCAUAAGCACACUGGAGGCCGCUGAUAAGAUCAGCAAACUUGAGAGAAGCACAGCUGGCUGCAGCUUCAAGACUGGAACUGAUCUCACCUCUGAAGGGAGUCAGCAGAGGAUAGAUCACUCCUCCUUUUUGAAGUGGGUAGUGCCUUCCAGUGAGAAGCCUUGGUGAUGUAAACGGAGAAACAUUCAGUGUGGAGCAGCACUAGCUUUUGGCUAGCAGUCAGUGAUGAAAACCUAUUUUCUGGCAGCAUGUGCCUUUAACAUUUACAAUGGAAGAAAAGCUAUUUCAACAAUAAUAAUAAAAAAGUGGGUCUAGUUUGUGCAGUGGCAGCUCUAACAUACUGAUGUGUUCACUAAUCUUAUCUGUACUGCCCAGGUACUCCCUUGGCAGCUUUUUUUCCCCCAUGUGAUCCUUUUCCUUCUGCAUACGUAUCCAUGUCCCUGCUUUAAAGGGAUGCCUCUGCUUUUGUGGCAGAGAAAGCAGCAGACUGGACUGAUGUCUGCAAGCAAAUUUCAUAGAAGUCGAAUAUUGGGAACCCGAAAUAUUUCAAUUACGUUAAUAAUCGCUGUAAAGAGAGGCUGCAGCUUUAACUGCAAAAGCCUGGAAUUAUUUCCCUAAAUAUAUGACUAUGACAUUCGCAACAUUCAGCUGAUUUAAUGACACGAGUUAAUCUAAUUCAGCUCUGCCCGUUCCCGAAAAAAAUCAGAAUUGGCUUCUCCGCCUGGGAGCCGCCUGCGGCCGAGCUCCCGCGCUGCUCUCCCAGCAGACACGGAGGGGGAACGGGGGCGGCCUUUGGCUCCCGAGCCCCGUCGGCUCCCCGCCCCGCACCCUCGGCUCCCCGCCCCGCACCCUCGGCUCCCCGCCCCGCACCGCGGCCCAGCGGACACCGGGGGGCGGCCGCGCUCCGCGGCAGCCGGGCCGGAGCUCAGCCCCCCCAGCCCCUCCAGCCACUUCAGCCCCUGCAGCGCCCCGAGCCCCCCGAGCCCCUGCAGCCCCCCGAGCCCCUGCAGCCCCCUCGCCCGCUGCCCUGCCCCAGCCCGCCGCCACACAGGGACUGUGUUCAACAGCCCGACUUCGUACAGAGGGUGCGUCAGGAUUUAAACACAUUUGCUCAGUCUUCGGGAGCAAACGUGGCCUGGUUUCUGGACUGACAGCCAGUCUAGCCCACUUAAUCAGACACAUUCCCUAGGAUUUCUGUGAAUGCUCUUGUUGACCUGAAUAAUAGGUGAUUGCUAAGAUUUUAUUAAUAAA